UGGAAAUUCCGCAGUAAGCACUUUACCUGUCUCCUUGGAGCCUCUGCUUAUGACGAUCCGAGAUGAGAGCUACGCUCUGGCCAAAGAGAUCUGCAUCUGGGGCCUUCAGCUGACGAACCCGGAGAUCGCCAGGCUCAGCCUUUAGAAAAGAAGAUAUUGUUCAUUUCCCUGCAAUGAGGAGGAAGUGAGGAGAAACCUGGUGGCCAGGAAGAGGUAUCAGCGGCAUGAAGCUGGAGGAAAUGCAGAAGAAAAACACAAACAGCUACCAUCGCAUAGCUUCAGAAACGGUGAACUAGAAUCUCAUUGCUGAAUGUCAAGAAGGACAUGAAGCAACUGAGCUUCCCACGCUGUGGGAGGAGUCCACACGACAACUACUUUGGAAGACUGUAGUGCAGUUUCUCUUGACUCCAAAGUUCAUUCUCUUUCCCUCUCCCUCUCCUUUUUCUCCCUCUCCCCGUCCUUCUCUUUGAGAUAAGAUCUGUCCCGGAACUCACUAUGUAGACCAGGCUGGCCUCAAACUCAAAAGGGUCUACCCCUCUGCCUCCCAAGUGCUGGUAUUAAAGGUGUGAGCCACUGCACCUGGCUAGGGCCUCCAAAUAUGGAGGUUUAUAUCUCUAAGCCUUGAGAACUAGGGGCUUUAUGGCGUCAACUUUCCAAACCAGGGGUUUACUGUUCUAGUAAUACUGUUCUAGUAAGCUGUGAUGACUCUUGUUCUGGGCUCAAAGUACAUCACCAGUUACAGCCCUACACUCCAACAUCUGGACUCUGAACUCUUCAAGCCUGAGCUCCCUCAGACUCUUGCUUCUGUCUUGGCUUCUUCCAGCCUCUUCCUUUCUAGUCUUAGCUCCUCUACCAUCCCUACGAUCACCUUUUGUAGUCUUAGCUCUUUGUCUACUUUCCCUGAGGUGCUCUUUGAAGUUUCACAGACACCUGCUAUGAGCAUAGCUCUGAGCUUUGGGUGUCAGGACCUUAGAUCAUGGUGGCUCUCUGGAACACUUAGCUACCUCCUCACUGCCACUAUCACGGUAUGCUGGCUAGUUCUGUGGCAACUUGGCACAGGCUAGAGUCAUCUGAAAGGGGAGAGCCUCAACUAGGGAAAUGCCUUCAUGAGAUUGGGCUGUAGGCAGGCCUGUAAAACAUUUUCUUAGACAGUGAUUGAUGGGGAGAGUUCAGCCCACUGUGGGUGGUGCCAUCCAUAGGCUAGUGGUUCUGGAUUCUAUAAGAAAGCAAGCUGAGCAAGCCAGGAGAAGUAAGCCAGAGAGCGGCACCUCCAGGUUCCUGUCCUGAAUCCCUUCAAUGAUGAACGCUUCCCCUCCUCCUCCUCCUCCUCCUCUUCUUCCUCCUUCUCCUCCUCUUCUUCCUCCUCCUCUCCCUCCUCCUUCUCCUCUUCUUCCUCCUCCUCCUCUUCUUCCUCCUCCCCCCCCUCCUCCCAUAAAACACCAAAUGGCAGAUGAUGCAGUGGGAGGACCUGGAGGACCCAGAAGCCACUGCAGCUUCCACGGAGGAUUCAGCAGAGGUUUUAGGGCCUGUAGUCAUGGUUGUGGUUGUGGCCCAGGCCCUGGCUGUGAUGGAAGCUGGAGGCUCGUAGAGGUAAAGCCAAAGAGAAGGAAUGGAUCCCCUACAUCAAGCUGAGCUGAUUGGUUAAGGACCUAAAGAUCAAGUCCCUGGAGGAAAUCUACUGUUCUCCCUGACCUUUAAGGAAUCUGAGAUUGUUGAUUUUCCCCCCCUCUGGGCUCAUCCCUAAAGGAUGAGGUUCUAAAGAUCAUGCCAGUGCAGAAGCAGACUCGGGCUGGCUGGAGGACCAAGUUCAAGGCUUUUGUUGCUAUUGGGGACUACAGUGGUCAGUCAUGUUGCACUUGGUGUUAAGUACUUCAAGAAGGUAGCCACCUCGACCAGAGGAGCCAUCAUCUUGGCCAAGCUUUCCAUCAUCCCUGUGGAGAGGCUACUGGGAGAACAAGAUUGGCAAGCCCUACACUGUUCCAUGCAAGGUGACAGGCCGCUGUGGCUCUGUGUGGGUGCGUCUCAUCCCUGGCCCCAGAGGCACUGGCAUUGUCUCUGCUCCUGUGCCUAAGGAUCUACUGAUGAUGGCUGGUAUAGCUGACUGCUACACUUAGCCAGGGGCUGCACUGCCACCCUGGGCAACUUUGCCAAGGCCACCUUUGAUGCUAUCGCCAAGACCUGACCCCUGACCUCUGGGGUUCACCUAGUCUCCUCAUCAGUAAUUCACUAACCACCUUCUGAAAACCCACACCAGAGUCUCUGCUCAGAGGACCCAGGCUCCAGCUAUGGCCAUCACAUAAGGGUUUUUACACAAGAAAAAGUGAAUGAAGUCUGAAAAAAAAAUAGAUCAUUAUCUUGGGAACUGGAGAGCUAGCUCAGCGAUUGAGAGCACUGACUGUUCUUCCAAAGGACAAAUGCCUGUUCUUCCUGAGUUCAAAUGCCAGCAACUACGUGGUGGCUCAUAACCCUAACCCUAACCCUAACUCCAAUAUCUGACACACUCACACAGACAUAUAUACAAGCAAAACACCAAUGCAAAUAAAGUAAAAAAAAAUACAAUUUUAAAAAGUAUUUUUUUUAAAAAAGGUAGCAAUCACUAUUUCAGGGCCAGUGAGCUGGUUCAGCAGGUAAAAAGUUUGUUACUUAAGCUUGAUGGCCUGAACUCACUCCCUAAAACCUACAUAAAGGAGAACAGGAACUGGGCAUGAUGCAUGCCUUUAAGAGGCAAAAGAAGCCAGAUCUCUGUGAGUUUGAGGCUACCCUGGUCUAUAGAAUAAAUACCAGGACUGUUAGAGAAAUCCUAUCUUGAAAAUGAAAGGAUGAAAGGGGAUAUGGGGAGAGAGAGAGAGAGAAAGAGAAAGAGAGAGAGAGAGAGAGAGAGAGAGAGAGAGAGAGAGAGAGAAAGGUUGGUGGUAAACCAACUCCACCACACACACUAAUUAAAAGAAUUUUUUUUUUUUUGGACAAAUCCAGGGCUGGCAAGAUGGCUCAGUGGAGUAAAGGCUCUUGCUAUACAAAGCCUGAGUUCUGCCUCCAGAACCUAUGUAAAAAAUGAAAAGGGAGAAUCAGCUCCUCUGACCCCCUCAGCAGGCACACCUCCCUCCCUCACAAAAUUAGCAUUUUUAAAAAACCCAACAUGUGCCAUAGUCUGCAGAGGCUGUUGGCAUCAUGGCCUGUGUAGCUGAAGUAACCGAUUAUCCUGGAGGUUGAAUCCUAAACUCAAGAUGUCAGCAAGGUUGAUGUUUUCUUCCUGUGUCUUCACAUGUUCCUUGGCUUGUAAGGACACUAGUUGUAUCAAGUUGGGUCUCAUCCCAAGAUCUCAUCACAACAGAGGCACCUGACUCCAUAAUCCAGCCUUCGGAGCUAUAGCCCGAGCCUUCUGAGAUGUCUGGGGUUAGCACCUCAACAUAUGAGUUGGGGAGCACCAUUCAGCCCACAACACCUGCUGUACACAGCACCUGCACACAGCACCUGUACACAACACCAGCACACAACACCUGCUGUACACAGCACCUGCACACAACACCUGCACUAUAUAUCAUCACAGAACUUCAUGGUUCUCAUGAUUCUUCAAUGAAACAUUGUUUUAGAAAAGGAAAACUUGAGGAAAAUAUGGCGGGAAACGUUAAGAUUCCACACUGUACAUUUACAGGUUUUACAAAUGGUUUUAAGGGAUGGAUGUGUAUUGGGCUUCAUAUGUUUAGGUGGGCAAUUAUAUCUUAUCAAUUGGGUCAAAAAAAAAAGGAAAAGAAAAGGAAAGGAAAACUUGGGGUUGGGAUUUAGCUCAGUGGUAGAGCACUUGCCUAGCAAGCACAAGGCCCUGGGUUUGGUCCCCAGCUCUGAAAAAAAGAAAAGAAAAAAAAAAGAAAAGAAAAGGAAAACUUUAUUUUCAUUCUAUGUUUCCUUGUAGGAAAUCAUCUUGGCAGCAAGAUGUUGAGGUCACUGAUAGGCUUGACUUGGAAAUAUAUGAGAACUCAGAGCACACUGGUAGCCCUGACGGAAGAGUUUCUUAAUCUUCCAGGCUUUGUUUCUGGAGCAGAAGGGGUACACCACUUGCCCCAUGACAACGUUGGAAAUUGUUGAUUGCAAGAUGGAUCUGUGGUCUCUGGGACGACUUGGGAAAGCUCUGCAAUUCAGCAGUUUGCAUUUCCUGGUCCUCGACUACUGCAAGUUUGGAAAUGAAGAACUUGAGAGGAUCUUCGCAGGCCUGGAGAGCAACCAAAGGCUGCAGGGCCUCAGUAUGCGCUACUGUGGGCUAGGGCCCUGGAGUGGGCCAAGGCUGGGCUCUGUUAUCAGCCACAGUGCCAUUUGUGAGCUGCACCUGGAUGGAAAUUACUUGCAGUGUUCUGGAACACUGGCUCUCCUCAGACCAAUAGCAGAAUACGCAGAGAUGCAGAGGAAGGACCAGCCUACCUUGGCAUCACCACACGCUGGAAACCCCCCUCAGCUUCCCCAAGUGUGCCAGGGAGCAAGCUCAACUUCCAGUCAGAUUGUGAAAUCUUCCAAAAUUUUAACAGCGAAAAAGACCUCACAGAAGAAAAGUGGAAAAGGAGGAAUCAGGAAGAAAGUUAAACGCCUGACAGAAGCUGGCCCUUGGAUAGUGAUGCUGCAUUUGGCAGAUAACAGCAUAGAUGGGACAGGAAGGGAGGGAGAGCAAUUGCUGGAGCUCACUCGAACUUUAACAUGCCUCAUCAAAUACUCAACUCACUUAAGGGAACUGGACCUUGGAAACAAUGUCCUGGGGGAAACGGCUGCAGCGGGCAUCCUGGAAGCACUGAGGGCCAGGAAGUCAGGUAAACUGCCACCCCUAAAAGUUACAGUCACUCCCCGGAUCUCUUCUGACACCUUCAGAUCUAUUUGGAAACUUAGCAAGAAAUCCAAUACGACCCGUAAAAAGAAGAAAAAGGUAAAUUCUUCAACAUCUGCACAGUUGGGUGGCAGCCAUCAGGGGGCGCUAGAUGAAGCAUGGGCCUCAGUGGAAAUUGAUGGUGCCUUCGAUCCCAAAGUCUAGGGUCUAGGCCAUCUCCCCGCUCCCCCAAACUAUAGUCAAAUGGAUGAUGGCUAUUUCAAAAGGCAAGCAGCAAGACAACAUCAUCUCUCAAAGAUUAGUGAAAACUACCUCCAGUUUCAACUCAUCUUCCCUGCUGGGAUCGGCCAGGAGCCUCAUCUCUGCUCUUAGGUGUCUGUGCUGCCUCGUGGGAGAUGAUGUUUUACAAAUGCUCAUUCUCCACUGCAUAAAAUUGAACUUUUAAAAAAAGAUUUAUUUAUGUAUAUGAGUACACUCUAGCUGUCUUCAGACACCAGAAGAGGGCCUCAGAUCCAAUUAAAGAUGGUUGUGAGCCGGGGCUGGGGAUUUAGCUCAGUGGUAGAGCGCUUACCUAGGAAGCACAAGGCCCUGGGUUCGGUCCCCAGCUCCGAAAAAAAGAACCAAAAAAAAAAAAAAAAAAAGAUGGUUGUGAGCCACCAUGUGGUUGCUGGGAAUUAAACUCAGGACCUCUAGGAGGAGCAGUCAGUGCUCUUAACCACAGAGCCAUCUCUCCAGCCCUGAACUUUCCCUUUUAAUGGGGCAAAUAUUUAAUGGCACAGUUACAAAAUGAGCUAGUUAUAAGUAAUAGGUAGAAGAUGACUUUUGAUACAAAAAUUAAAACGUGUACACAUGCAUUUAAAAUCCCAGACUGGGCGUUGGGGAUUUAGCUCAGUGGUAGAGCGCUUGUCUACCAAGCGCAAGGCCCUGGGUUCAGUCCCCAGCUCCGAAAAAAAGAAAAGAAAAAAAAAAAAAUCCCAGACUGCUGUGCACCAAAAUAUCAGCCCUGUUACUAUCAUCCAGUGAGUAAAUAUUCUCCCCUAUACGGGGUUUAUGUGUGUGAACUAUUUAGUUAGUUUUGAGGCCGGGUCUCACUCUGUAUAUCAGACUGGCAGACUGGGCCUGAACCUCUGGCAAUCCUUCUGUCUCCUUGAGAUUACGGGCAUGAGCUACCAUGCCUUUGUUGUUGUCAAUGAUGUUGUUGUUGUUUUGUUUUGUUUGUUUUCUUCUUUAUGUAUUUUUAAAACACAACUAUUUCUGACCCAAACAGGUUGUACAUGGUGGCUCAUACUAUCAUCCUAAUAAUAGUUGAGAAAGCUGAGGCAAGAGAGUUGCCACAAGUUCAAGGCCAGUCUGGGCUAUCUAGUGAGUUCAGGCCAAUCUGGUAUACAAUGUGAAACUGUCUCAAAAACUAAAACAAAAAUAGUCAACAGUUGGAGAGAGAGAGAGAGAGAGAGAGAGAGAGAGAGAGAGAGAGAGAGAGAGAGAGAGAGAGAGAGAGCGCAAAGAGUCAGAGACUCUAAAUGCCAGGAGUGGAAAUCCAAUAAGCCAAACCAGGUACCAGCAGUCAGGUGGGAAAACCAAAAGCAGGGCAGGUGUCAGUGGUCAAGCCCAUGAAGGAAUGAAUGUCACAGAUGCAGCUGCUUGUCUGCAUUUGAUGUCCUCUAAGUAAUCGAAUCUAUUGGGCCUAAACCAACAUUAGCUGGCAGCGUAGGAAAGUGUUGCUCACAAUUUUGGUUUUGAAUUGCCGUAAAGUAUUAUUAUUUUGUAGCUGUAUCCUAUGCAAAGCUGGAAAUCAUUUGCUGUAACAACUUAUGGCUGUGUGUUUCAGACCUCUGAUCAUUUUAAAGAGAUACGCCAUAUGUAUUUUGUUUCAUUGGCCCAGAUCUAGAAAAGGUAGUUAUUCCUCAUAAAGAUACUUGGGGUAAUGUAUGUUCCAUAAUGUCUCAUGACAAGUGCUAAGAGUAUUGAUAAUAGGAUUCUGCGUACUCUGCAGUAAUAGAAGCGCCCCAAUAAAAAACACUAAUUAAACACAACUAAAAUCAAUAGUACUG